GCCCAUGGAUACAGUACGGAUUGCAGUUGUGGGGGCAGGCCUGAUGGGGCUCUCUACCGCUGUGUGCAUUUCCAAACUGGUCCCACGAUGCUCCAUUACCGUCAUUUCAGACAAGUUUACUCCUGAUACCACGAGUGAUGUGGCAGCUGGAAUACUCAUUCCUCAUGCUUACCCAGACACACCCAUUCCCAAGCAGAAGCAGUGGUUUAGAGAGACAUUUGACCACCUAUUUGCAAUCGCCAAUUCUGCACAAGCUGGAGAUGCUGGUGUUUAUCUGGUGUCCGGUUGGCAGAUAUUUCGGAGCAUCCCUGCUGAAGAAGUGCCGUUCUGGGCUGACGUGGUUCUGGGAUUUCGAAAGAUGACCAAGGCUGAGUUGAAGAAAUUCCCCCAACAUGUGUUUGGUCAAGCUUUUACGACCCUGAAAUGUGAAGGCCCUGCCUACCUGCCGUGGUUGGAGAAAAGGAUCAAAAGAAGUGGGGGCCUGAUACUCACCCAGCGGAUAGAAGACCUGUGGGAGCUUCACCCAUCCUUUGACAUCGUGGUCAACUGUUCAGGCCUUGGAAGCAGACAGCUUGCGGGAGACUCGAAGAUUUUCCCCGUGAGGGGCCAAGUGCUCAAAGUUCAGGCUCCCUGGUUGAAACAUUUUAUCCGAGAUGGGAGUGGGCUGACAUAUAUUUACCCGGGUGCAUCCGAUGUAACCCUGGGUGGAACUAGGCAAAAAGGAGACUGGAAUCUGUCCCCAGAUGCAGAAACUAGCAGAGAUAUUUUUUCCCGAUGCUGUGCUCUUGAGCCCUCCCUCCACGGAGCCCACAACAUGAGGGAGAAGGUGGGCUUGAGGCCCUCCAGGCCAGGCAUACGGCUGCAGAAAGAGCUCUUAGCCCGGGAGGGCCGGAGGCUGCCUGUGGUGCACCACUACGGCCACGGGAGCGGGGGCUUCUCCAUGCACUGGGGCACUGCUCUGGAGGCCGCCCAGCUGGUGAGUGAGUGUGCCCAAGACCUCAGGACCCCCAGUCCCAAGUCAAAGCUGUAGAUGACACAAAAUGACAGCAAAUGGCCCUGCAGACUAUUGAUCAAAAUACAAUUUAAGCACCAGAACACCUUUAAAUAACUUUUCCAUUGCAUGAAAAUUUAAUUAAACAUGACUUUGCUUUCAAAAUUAGAAAUAAUG